AGUUUGCUGUUUCAGUUCAGUUGAAGGCAGCCUCAAAGUUAGACGCGUCUGUCGUUCGUUUUUUCUCCGUUUUGUUGCAUUUGCUUUGAGUCGCGUGUUGCCUGCAGAUUCACAGUUACAUUUACGAGGAGUCUUAACGUGUUGUCUGUGCUUGAAUGCCAAAUUUAAUUGCCACUCUAGCAACUUUUCAGUGCGGCUAUCGAAGACAGCUAACGUUUAAUUUGAAAACGUUUUCGAAAAAAAUCAUCGCUAAUAGAGACUUUCGUUUUCCCAACUUUCAUUUUUAUUUUGCCGCUGCUCGCUCACAAGUUUUCAUUGAGAAAAGUGUCGCCGUCAGUUUUGAGUGAUACGAAAAUAAAAAGGUGUUCAAAAUCAAUCGAAAAAUACGUGUGACGACGUAAAGAAUUAUUAAAAAAAUAUUUUAAAUUAUUAACAAAUCAAAUAAACACAAAUUUCAAAUGGCACUCAUGGACACUGCUUGGCGUUGCCGUCUCAUGAUCUUUGGCGUCUUCACACUGCUCCUCGUUGGCGAUCUCUUCGGCUAUGGCGGAUAUAGCGUUCGUGGUGUCAAGUCUGAUAAUCCGGAUGAGGUGGUUGGCGUUCAGGGCGGAGGGGCUCCCACUGGACCCGCUGCGGCUGCUGGCAAGUUUCAGCAAAAGAAUGCUGAAAUCGAUAUUGGCGAAGAACAUGAUUUUGAUGAGUUCUCUGCGGCGGCGGCAUUGAAGCCAGUGUCAUCCGCCAUUGUGACCGGAGCGAACCUGAAAACCAAAUCGCAGCUGUCGGAUACAAUCAAAGAAUCGUGUCUGCCUAAAAUGCUCUGCGAAUUGGCUGCCAAACCGGAGUAUCAGCUAAGCGAAAAGGAGCGGGAAUUGCUGCGAUUAAUCAGAUCACCCACCAUGCCCUGGAUGAUGAAUAUGCCGCCGAGUAAAUGGUAUUUUGCUGCUCAUAUGGGGGAACUGAUGCGACACACGAGCGAUAAUCUCAACGGUCCAAUGGCUUGUGCCAAUCUGUGGCCAAAUUGCCCAAUUAGCUCCAAGAAGCUGAUGAAACUGAGCUACAAGGUGCGCGUUUAGGACGACGCUUUAAAUGUGAUCAUAUUAAUUUAAGUAUUAGAUACAUGUAUAUUACACAUACACAACGCACACAUACUAUAUACGAGUACAUCUCUGGGCCCAGAAAAACUAUUGUAAUAUAUGAUUUAUUUCACUCUCUUACGGCUAAGUCAUCCCACCUCUGGCUGAUAAAUAAAGUGCCUUCAGUUGUUUUUUUUAAAUGUAACCUGAGGCAUGACUGAUGUGACAA